CCGCCCGGGGCGCAGACCUCGCCCUGCUUCGCCCGGGUUCGGAUCGCGAGUCCGCGCUGCAGCGGGCACCGCGGUCCGGAGCUAUGGCGGUCGUCGUCCGAGUAGUUUAUUGUGGCGCUUGAGGCUACAAGCCCAAGUAUCUUCAGCUCAAGAAGAAGUUAGAAGAUGAGUUCCCUAGCCGUUUGGACAUCUGCGGCGAGGGGACUCCCCAGGUCACCGGCUUCUUUGAAGUGUUCGUAGCAGGAAAGCUGGUUCACUCCAAGAAGGGAGGCGAUGGCUACGUGGACACGGAGAGCAAGUUUCUGAAGCUGGUGGCCGCCAUCAAAGCCGCUUUGGCUCAGGCCUGAUGUGCCCUGAAGGCAGAGACCAGUAGCCGUGGCCCAGCCCCUCUCGGCAGACGCUUCAUGACAGGAAGGACUGAAAUGUCUCUUGGACGCCUGGUCCUUCCCUGAUGUUCUCACGGCCGCCGGUUGGAGCAGAGAUGGACACCCCUGGUCUUUGCCUGUGCGUGUGUGUGUGAGUGCGUGUGUGUCCCUGCACGCUGGUCCUGGUGCCUUCCCCAUCCCUCAUCUCCCUGCAUCUCCACCGCCCCUCCAUGUCUCCCUUCUACUCUGUGGUGUCUGGGGUGGUCCUGCUCCAGGCUUCUUUUUCAAGGGGAAGCCGAGAGGAGGAUCAGGAUGAGUGAGUCUCAGAUUUCAGCAGUGAUGGCAACAGCUCACAGCUCAAUAAAUGGUGAUGAGGUUAA